AUGAUCUUUGUCAGUAUUUCCUUAAAGUUAAGAGCACCAGAGCCCACAGAAUUGGUUGAGGAAAUACAUAAUACUAAUAAAUCUAUUGAAGAGGAUACAUCGCUUGAAACGCCAUUAACGGAGGAUGAAAAGAUUAAUAUAAAAUAUUGUCAAGAGAAAAUAUGUAGAUUCUUAUUUCCAUAUCAGCAACCAGAGCAAGAGACUCGCGCAAAUGUUCAUACUCGCACUUACACGCAAUUAGCACGAUCUCUAAACCGUACAUUUGUCCUAGCAAACGUUGGAGAAUCCCAUGUCAAAGCAUGUUCUCUAUAUGAGUUUGAUUUUUAUUAUAAUAUGAAAGUAUUUAAAAAACAGUAUCCAGAUAUUCGUUUUAUAACACAAGAAAAAUUUCUUAACUGGACAAAAGAAAGAAAAAUCCGACCAAUUGCACAACAUUCGUGGAUGAUCAACGAUCGUGUAAAUAGAACUAAUCGUGAAAAAAAAAUUAUGGGAGUUGAAGAAGGUGUUAAACCUGAAAGAUCCUAUUGCAUAGACCAAUUUAAAUUAAACAUCACAAAUUAUAAAGAAUUUCAUGCAGGGAUUGAAAAUUUAGAUGAAUUAGGCAAAGAAGUAAUGUUCAAAUUGGUUACAAAUACUCUAAAUGCUCCUCCUAUGACAGAAGAAUAUGAA